AAGUACAUGUACUUGAAAAUUUUCCUAAUCUUUGUUGGGGUACAUUUACAGACAAGGAGAGGAUAUGCAAAGGACUCUGGUUUAGUGUUUAUAGGAAAAAGUACUUCAGUAGUGCCAACUGAAGUCCCUACACAGCAACUGACCACCACAAGCAACCCAACAAAUAACACGGGAGAAGAAAUAGGUGACGAUUACUUCAAAACUGGGCAAGCAGAAAGGAUAGCCUUGGCGAUAGGGCUGCCGAUUUCAUUCAUAUUGGCUGUCAUAGUGUUUCUAAUUAUCAAGAAAUUGAAAAAAGACAUUUUAUUUCGACAGCCUAUAACUGCUACUUAUGAUAUGCAAAGCGAGGACGUUGAAAUAGUUCUAAAGAAAUAAAAUGUGUUUAUUUCUCAUCUUUAUAUUUUGUGUCUGCUAAGAUUAUAUGUCAUUGUUAAUAAUAAUUCUGAGUAUUUCAAACAAAUUAUUAAACGUCAC